GUUAAAGUACAGUUGCUUCUUGUGCGGCGGAACAUGGACAUUACUUUAGAAAUAUUCAUGUAGUAUUCGCUGUAGAAAGGAUAUUUUACGAUGUCUGACAGCAGUGUGCAAGAGGCUGAGGAUGGAGCUGUCUUGAUGUUCUGACUCCAGAGGGUCUGAAAAUAUUAAACAUGCUGUCUAGACAUGCUGCUGCCUGCCGCUCCCUGAAGUGGACAUUACCUCACUGGAAAGACAUUCUUAACAAAACGUAUAGCCCAUCAAAGCCAGGGCGAUGGUUCGUGGGAACUGUGGCUCAAAGAGGGGCUCAUAGAUGGACUACAGCGCCAUCAUCAAGGAUACAGCAGAAGCCAGUGUUCAAAAGAGCCCCGGCAUUUGGAGAUAAGCUCGCGAUCAUCGAUAGCAGCGGCGGCCACAGCUACAAGCAGCUGUAUAGCAGCAGCCUGAUUCUUGCAGGUAGAAUCAACUCUGCCCUCAACUCUGACUUUGGGGGUCUGGAAGGGAAACGAAUAUCCUUCCUGUGUGCUAAUGAUGCUUCCUAUACAGUGGCACAGUGGGCUGCUUGGAUGAGUGGCGGGACGGCAGUGCCACUCUACCCAAAACACCCUGAAUCUGAGCUGGAGUAUGUCAUCUCUGACUCCCAGAGUUCACUGCUGGUGGCAGGGCAUCCCUACGCUGAAACGCUUGAGCCACUGGCACAGAGGCUUGGGCUGCCAUGUCUGACACUGCCCUCCACUUCAAACCUUGGCACUUCAGAAGGGGUGCACGGCCAAGAGGAGGAGACGGGAGACAUCACAGACUGGGCUGAUCGGCCAGCUAUGAUCAUCUACACCAGUGGUACCACAGGGAGACCCAAGGGAGUUCUACAUACACACAGAAGCAUCCACGCCAUGGUCCAGUGUCUGCUUUUAGAGUGGGCGUGGUCCAGAGACGACGUCAUCCUCCACACCUUGCCGCUCCACCAUGUGCACGGCAUCGUGAACAAGCUGCUGUGCCCACUCUGGGUGGGCGCCACCUGCGUCAUGCUGCCUGAAUUCCAGCCUCAGAAGGUGUGGGAGAGGUUGUUAAGCUCCAAGGCUCCCCUGGUUAAUGUGUUCAUGGCCGUGCCGACCAUCUACUCCAAGCUGAUCCAGUACUAUGAUCAACACUUCACACAGCCUCACGUCAAGGACUUUGUCAAAGCAGUCUGCAAAGAGAGGAUCAGGCUAAUGGUUUCGGGCUCGGCUGCUCUCCCUCUUCCGACUCUGCAGCGCUGGGAGGAGAUUACAGGACACACUCUGCUGGAACGCUACGGCAUGACAGAGAUCGGCAUGGCACUGUCCAACCCUCUCAGGGGCUCACGCAUCCCAGGGGCCGUAGGAUUGCCACUUCCCAGUGUCGAAGUCCGGAUCGUCAUGAAUAACACAACAAACACCAACAUUGUGGAGAGCAAUCACCGUGAGACUCGGGUACGUCCAGGUCUGGAGGAGAAAGAAGGGGAGCUCAUAGUUCGAGGUCCCUCUGUCUUCAAGGAGUACUGGAACAAACCUCAAGAGACCAAAGAGUCUUUCACUGAUGACGGCUGGUUCAAAACAGGAGAUACUGCUGUCUACAAAGACGGUGUGUUUUGGAUCAGGGGCCGCAGCAGUGUUGACAUAAUAAAGAGCGGUGGCUACAAGAUCAGUGCACUCGAGGUGGAGCGUCACCUCCUGGCUCAUCCUGACAUCAUAGAUGUGGCUGUAAUUGGGGCCCCAGAUGCCACCUGGGGUCAGAAAGUCACUGCAGUGGUGCAGCUGAAGAGUGGGCAGAGUAUGAGCCUGCCAGAGUUGAAGACGUGGGCAAGGGAGCACAUGGCACCCUACAACAUCCCCACAGGCCUGCUGCUGGUGGAGGAGCUGCCACGGAAUCAGAUGGGCAAGGUCAACAAGAAGGACCUGCUGCGACACUUCUUCCCAUGACCGGAUCUCCUCCAUAUGUACGUCAACAUCGAUGUUCCUGGUGAAAAAGUGCAGAUGCACACGGCUGUCCUAAGAGCAGACAAGUGUACAGAGGAGAAACAGUGUCAUGGAAAAAACACCCCAUGGAAAAUAUGUUAACAUCUGAGGUAACUUAAUCACUGCUACAAAGGCACAUCUAUUACAUUGAAUGACACGUGUGUUUAGCGAUGUUUAUCAGUGACUGUGCAAGAGAGGUCUGGAAGCCAUCCCCUUGAUAUGUGAUGUAUUGAAGCAAUAUGAAACUCCACCGAGAGCACACAACAUGUGUGUCCAGAUUGCAACUAGUCAAAAUGAUCUGAAGUGGCAUCAACAAUAGAUUCAAAUUUAAACUAAUCAAAAUCGAUGUGACAGACAUAUGAUAUCUAAAACCUUGUCAAGUACUGAGAAUUGUGAUGCAACCUAAAAGGCUCCUCUUUUGUAGGGUUUGAGAUUGUGGUGGCUCUAAGGAGGUUGAGUACGUAGUACGUUCACACUGGAGACGUAACACAAGUAAGUGCUCAGAACAGUUAUUAUGCAGACCUAAUGGACAUGUUGUCCCACAAUGCAAUGGACAAAUGACAUGCAGAUGGCAGUGAGACAGUUCUUGGAAAACAAAGUCAUAAGCAUAAAAGCUUUGGAAAAACC